CGUUUGGUUAAUUUCUCUUUCUUUGUUUGAUUGUUCUGGAACAUUCUGGUUAUUGCUCAAAUCUUCACAACUUCUCCUGCCGUUUCAUCAAAGAAUUUAUCCAUCUCUGAGUAAACACACUUACAAGCAAGUUCCCAUUCCAUCCAUUUCUGCAGCUGUUUGAUCAACGCUUUCUCUCUUUCCAGUUUCAUCCAAAAAUGAGCCGACAUCCAACUAUUAAGUGGGCACAAAGGUCUGACCAGAUUUUUCUCACUGUCGAUCUCCCUGAUGCCAAUGAUGUGAAGCUCAAACUCGAGCCCCAAGGCAGGUUCGUUUUCUCAGCCACCAAAGAUGGUAUACCAUAUGAGGUUGACAUUGAGCUGUAUGAUAAGAUCAAUGCAGAGGAAAGUAAGGUUAACAAUGGUGCAAGGAAUAUCGUUUAUGUUAUAAAGAAAACAGAAAGUAAAUGGUGGAAUAGGCUACUUAAACAGGAGGGAAAGCCUCCCGUGUUCCUCAAAGUGGAUUGGGAUAAAUGGAUUGAUGAGGACGAUGAGAAAGAGAAAACUGACAUGGACUUCAAUGACAUGGACUUCUCGAAUUUGAACUUGGGUGGGGAUGAAUUAGAUAUGGAUGAACCAGAUGAUGAACAAGAAGGGAUCGAAGAAGAAGAAGAAGAAGAAGAAAACAAAGGGGAUGAAAUCAAGAAGAGCAAAGACGAACCUGUUGCAGCGGGUUCUGAGGAGGUUUAAUCUCAAGUGCAUCUGUAAAGAAAAAUGAAGCUUCGGGAAUGUUUCUGGAUCCCUCUGCUCUGGGGAAAGUUUAUAGAUGUUAUCAGUCUACUUAACUAGUGUAUUUUGCCAAACUUUUGCUACAGUUACUUGAAAAAUCUUGUCUUUGUGUGGGUGUGGUAAUGUGAAAAUGUACGCAUUUGACUUCUUUCUGCUCAUAUAACCGUAUUUAGUUGUGAAUUUUCUCUCUCAA